AAUUCGUAUUCCCGCGUUAUAUGUCAAUGCAUUACAUGUGUAGGAGGUGAGCGUACUGGGAGAGGGAGGUCAAAGUAAGAUAUAGUAUACUAUGUAUGGUGGUUGAGAGAGAAGAGGUAAUAUUACUAAGGAAGGAGUGAGUGAGAAAGAGAGUGCGUAUAAGAGAAAAAAAAGAUAGAAGCAAUAAAGUCGAUGGUCUCGUUUGCUUAGUUCCAUUAAUAGUACGAGUUGUAUAAAAUUUACUAGAAUCUUUCCUCUUUCUAGAAAAGAGAACGGGGUGACCAAUAGUGACAAAUUGUUAUCGACCAAUGGAAAUAAAGUGUGAAAUGAAAUUUCUAUAAAAAUCGAACUUCGUUAAAAAACUUUAUAAUACGUGACGAUCUCGAAGAGAGGACAAGACUUGAGCAUGUAAUAUAUAUACUUGUAUACUUACAUAUACAUACAAAGAACAUUUUCAACAGAGUAUCGACUUUUUUCUUACAACGUAUUGUUGUUUUUUCUCUGCUACUGUACAUACAUUUUUUCAAGAGGAUACUCUACAUACCAUACAGUUAUGAUUUAAAAGAUUGGAUUACGAAAGUUUUGAUUGAAAGUGUGUGUUGUGUGUGUAACGUCGUUGGGUCCACAUAUACACACAAAUAUAUACUUCUAUAUAACAUAUACUGCGUACUGACAGUUCGUUUUGCUGUUGGUCAUUGACGCUUUGAACUAUAUACUUCUGCUUUUGUCUUCUUCUUUCUAAAGAAGAUUAGACGAACAAAAUACUCUCUGUUUAGUUUCUCUUUUCAAAUAUAAGGCCAGCCAGUUGUGUCAUUCUUAUUGAGUGAUUAGAAUUUUUAGUUUUCAAUCAAUAACUUGUUGAUUUGUAUACUGAAAUUCUACCGUUUCCAUAGUAAGCGGUUUGAUCACACAAUAUAAGAAUGGACACAUCAGGCUUUCCUGUACCAGAUGCAAUCCACCCACUACUUGAACAAUUGCAAGAAGCAUUGGUGCUGGAGGUUAAAUAUCAACCUGAUCUUCAACUACUCACUACAACUCAAAAUGAUGAGAUUACUAUUGAAGCACGGGAUGGAUCUGCCCAUGUAUUAAGAUGUUUGAAAGUAUGGUAUGAUUUACCAUCUGAUGUAUUUUUUCUUGCUAUUAAUUUGAUGGAUCGAUUUUUAACUAAAAUGAAAGCCAAACUGAAACAUAUGGCUUGCAUCAGUGUAUCAGCUUUUCAUAUCGCAGCAGUUCAAAUGGCUCAAUCUUUGGAUGCUGAUCAUUUGGUAUCUAUUUCUCAGUGCAAGUGUACUGGUGGAGAUCUUAAGCGUAUGUCUGAAGUAAUACGUAAUAAAUUAGAAUGGGUACCUGAUAUACAACCAAUUACAUCAUUAACUUUUCUACGUUUGUUCAAUACAAUGUUUUAUACUGUUGCAUUGCAUUUGGGUAUUGGUGAUAUAUAUACUAAUGUUUUAAUGGAGUCUGAACUUUUUCUAAGAUUAGAAAUGAUAGCUUGUAAUGGAAAUUGUGCAAGUUUAAGGCCAUCGGAAGUAGCUUUGGUCUUAUUCUGUACAUAUUUAAAAGCAUCCAUUACACGAUUAGAUGCUAAUAAAGAUGUUAAUACUUCCGCAACAUCUAUGAUUGCUGAUCCUUCUACUAUGAAUUCAUCUGUAACAUCAGCACAUCAAAUGUUAAAAUUGCUAGAAUUUUCUACUGAACUACAAAAAAUAUGUAAGAUUUCAAGAGAUAGCUAUGUUUCUACUCAUGAAGCUGUAAGUGCAGUUUUGAAUAAAUACAAUGCCCAAGAACAAAUGCCACAUAGACAGAGACUCAUAUGGAAAUUAUCUUCACGUACAGCACGUCUUUUGCGUCCUACUGAUAAAUUUACAUCUGUUUUACCUGUCAUUGCUGAACACACUCCAGUUCCAUCUCCAAGUAGAAUAAGAAAAAAUCGUAAGUUUUCUCGUCGUCAUGGAAACAAGAGGCGUUAAUAUAUUUCGCUUAUAAUAAAGGAAUAAUAAGCAAAGAAGAUCUAUCGUAUCUGGACGAAUGAGGAUUUAAAAUGGCAUUUUCCAACACAAUAUUUAAUAAUAGACACUAUAUAGACCUUGUGUGUUUCUUGAAAAUGCAAAAUCAUUCAAUGUAAGUCAAUAUCUUAUCAUGUUAUUUGAAAAGCAUGACACAUGUGUAUAAUUGUUCGUUUAUUUUUAUUUCUCUUAUUUAUUUUUGAAUUUUUCUAAAGUCUAUUUUCUAAAUGAAAAUA